CGCUUUCUCUUCUUCGAGCUCGACCUGCGUCAAGCGUCACCUUCCUGCACCUUGCCGUCGCGAUUGUACUUGUCCAUCGUACACCCAAAGACUCUCAAGCACUAAUGCGCCACCACGACAUCUCAGCGGGCUCACUCGCAACAUGACCUCUCACUAGAUCAGCGCACACAUCAAUUUGUUCCUCGUUCCAGUUGCGAGUCGAUCCACCCCAGGCUCCGCUAAAUAGCGGAGGCGCGUGCCUCUCCCCAAAGUCACGACUGUCGUCACAGCAAAUUUUCCCGCCACGCAGCAUUUACGAGAAUCGUUCACGCAAUGACCACGGGCCCGCCUCACACUGGGCAGCCAGUGCCACGGCAGAGCUGGUUCCAGCCCACCUUCACGCAAGGACUCUUGGUUGGACAAGCAUCGAUUGUGAUCCUUCUCCUCAUCCUCUUACGCUUCCUCUUAUUUGCCGAUCCAUCCGAGUUGGAGAACGACCCAUCAGACCCAAGCAAAAGAGGCGGCAGGAGUCGAUCGAAGCGGAGCUUCUCGACCCUCCAAAAGCCGAGCGGCAAGCGGCUCAAAGCGGAGAGCGCAGCUCAUACCGCGGCUGGUGGACAAUCCCGCGUUUCACAAAUUCAGCUGGCAGAGCGAGUGACCGGCUAUGACCUUGGAUCGCACGGACCAGAAAGUUCGGACUGGGUGAAUGUUCUACUUGCGCUUGCAUUUGAUGGUUACAGGGAAGAUCUCAACCGGGCGGCUUCAGCUGGCUCACGUCCAGAUGUGACUGGCGGCAACGUAGAGGGAGCGAGGAAGGUGUCCGAGGGUGUCAAUGAGGUUGUAGAGUCCAUCUUGAAUAGAGCAGUAGAUGGCAAAGGUGGUGGUAUCAUUGACCACAUUGACGUCUCCAGCGUAGAUAUUGGGGCUUCGUUCCCCAAGCUGUCAGACGUGCGAGUGAGACCCUCGGAUGAGGUGGGAAGUCUCCGCAUUGAAGCGGAGCUGGACUACGCGGAUGCGCUGGAGCUUUGCAUCUCAACCAAUCUCGUUAUCAACUUUCCUCGCCCGAGGUUUGCGGUAUUGCCGAUCGAGCUUGGAGUUCUCAUCGAAAGAUUCAGCGGGACAGUUUCACUCGAGCUGGUUUCGGAGCACGAGAUUCCACCCAAUUCUCGCUCGCGCCACGUUCUCAAGCUCUCUAUUCACCCCGACUUUGCGUUGAGUGCGCGCGCCCGAUCUCAGCUUGGCUCACGAGCGAAGCUAGUCGAUGUUCCCAAGCUAGAACAGCUGAUCGUGGAGCGUAUCAGAGCGGGCAUAGCGAGCAAAGUCGUCUGGCCCAGAUUCAUCGCCGUCUCUUUGCCCGAUCUUGUGAGCUCCGCACUAGCCAAGAGAGAAAAGGCAGAAGAAAAGAGCGCGAAAUUGAGCCAAGCAAGGGGGACGUACGAGCAAUUUCUAGCUAGGCAAGCCCACGAUCGAGCUGCCGGAGCGCUACAAAAAGGGGGAGGUGGACAAAUUUGGUUCGAGGAGGCGGGGCAGGAUCAUUUGGCAGGAGACCAAUCAUAUGCGUCUUUCGCAAGGACAGUCAUGAAUGGCGCUCGAGCAGGCAGAGAAAUUCAGAAAGCUCAGGAGGUGGACCCAUCUCCCUCUCCGCCCGGCGGACUAGCAGGCGUAGAGGCGUGGAGACAGGGAGCUCUUAACGCGACUGGGGCACCCGCUUCUGGAGCUACGUCAAGCCAGAUCAGACCAGGCAUGAUAAGUGCAGAGGCGAGCACAUCCACACCGCGCGCGCCCGCGACCAGAGACGCGAGGAGGGAAGAAUCAGUCAGAUCCUAUGGAAGGACGAGCGCGGUCAAUCAGGUCGCGCAAUCUGCUUUCGAGUCUGAGGCCGUCAGACAGAGGGUCAGGUAGGAUCAGUAUAGAGAAAUACCCACGAUUUGGAGAGAUGACGUCGGACUUGCUAAUGCAGUAUUCAAUCUUUGUAAGAGGGCUUAAGGAGGACCGCGUAAAACAGCAAUGAAUGGACGCUAUCGCGUGCUCCGAGCACUAUCGACGCUGACC